UCCCACCACUAAAAAACGAAGCGCUCCCCCCGCCCGCCGCCCAGCCGCUCUCGCGCGCAGCGGAAGCGCCGCCCCGCCGCCAUGCGGCUACUCCCCUACGCGCCGCCGCGGCCGCCUCACCCGCACCCGCACUCGCGAGCGACCUACCCUAGCCCCAGCUCCAGUUCCAGCCGCAACGCCAAGCCACAGCCGGCGCGCGCGCUCCGCUUCCCCGACGCGCUCCGCGCGGCUGCUGCGGCGGCCGCCAUCUCCCUCUCCCUCCUCGCUACCGGAGACGCAGUGGGAACGGAGCAGCGGCCGCGGCCUCCGGAGCUCUGCCGCGACGGGGCCGCCGAGAUAAAGGAGGAGACGAGGACCGAGGUGGUGACGAACGAGCAGCUCGUGGAGGAGGCGUGGGAGGUGGUCAACGAGGGCUUCCUGCCGGACGCCGGCAGCCGUCCCUGGUCGCCGGAGAUGUGGAUGAAAAAGAAGCAAGAUAUUCUCCAAAGCUCAAUCAGAUCCCGUUCUAGAGCCCACGACAUCAUUCGGAAAAUGCUGGCUAACCUGGGUGACCCGUACACAAGAUUCCUGUCUCCCUCCGAAUUCUCCAAAAUGUCAAAAUAUGACAUGACAGGAGUUGGAUUAAACUUGAGAGAAGUUCCUAACGACAAUGGCUCUUCUAAGUUGAUGGUAUUAGGGCUCAUAUUAGAUGGGCCUGCCCACUCUGCUGGUGUUAGACAGGGUGAUGAACUCUUGUCAGUCAAUGACAUUGAUGUAAUGGGUAAAUCUGCAUUUGACGUGUCAUCCAUGCUGCAAGGUCCAAAAGAUACUUUUGUUACAAUUAAGGUUAAGCAUGGGAACUGCGGUUCUGUUGAGUCAAUGAAGGUGCAGAGACAACUGGUUGCUCGCACUCCAGUUUUCUAUCGAUUGGAGAAGAGAGAAAAUGAGGAUUCAUCUAUUGGAUAUAUUCACAUCAAAGAAUUUAAUGCUGUGGCCAAAAAAGAUUUGGUUAGUGCACUAAAGCGUCUACAAAGUUCGGGUGCCUCCUAUUUCGUUUUGGAUUUGAGGGACAAUCUUGGUGGACUAGUCCAAGCUGGAAUAGAGAUUUCGAAGCUCUUCUUGAAUAAAGGAGACACGGUGAUUUAUACUGCUGGCCGUGAUCGUCAAGUCCAAAAUACAAUUGUUGCUGAAAGGGGACCCUUGGUUACCACUCCUCUGAUGGUACUUGUGAAUAGCAGGACAGCCAGUGCAAGUGAAAUAGUUGCUUCAGCACUUCAUGACAACUGCAAAGCUGUUCUUGUUGGUGAAAAGACUUUUGGCAAGGGCUUAAUCCAGUCCGUAUUUGAACUUCAUGACGGUUCUGGCAUUGUCGUCACAGUGGGCAAGUACGUGACACCAAAUCACAAAGACAUAAAUGGAAAUGGAAUAGAACCAGAUUACCGUCGCCUUCCUGAUUUCAAUGAAGCCACCGAAUACCUUUCACGAUGCCAAAGCAGGGAAUUAAGCUGAGUGAUAUGGUUUAUUUCAAACCUCCUAAGCUUCAAGGUGGAAAUGAUAAUAUGGAAGAGACUUGUAUACUUUGGCCGACUUCUUGGUCGGCCCAGCCAAAAAAAAAAAAAGUUAAGAGACUU